AGCUGAAUAUCUCUGUGAACAACGCGCUUCGUGAAACCCAGGAACUGGCUCCUGGCAGUCCAGUGGUGGUCGAUCGACAGGUGCCGCGCACUUUAACGCACAUGGAAACCAGGGAACUUUUGCGUGGCAUUCCGCUUGAAGAUGGCACGCUGUUGCACAAGAUUUUUGCCGAUCAGCCUCGCAGAGCUUCCGACAUCAUAUUUCCCACAAAAGAUGCUAGUUGGUACGCUUGGUGGCGCUUCUUCACCGAAAUUUGCAGGAUCAUCGUGGGGCAUCAGUGGUUCGAGUUGUUGAUCUCGCUGGCCAUCAUGGUGAACUCGGUGAUGCUGGGCGUGGAAAGCCAGAUGUCACUGACACAUGCUAGGGAGGACCUUGCCUGGGCCAGGAUUGCCGAGCUUUGCUUUUUGGCGAUUUUCACAGUUGAGAUUCUGCUGAGAUUGGCUGCACGUGGAUGGAGAGUUAUAAAGGAUGGAUGGUUUCUAUUUGACAGUACGCUUGUGAUCAUCGCAUACAUUGAGCAGUUCGUCGAGUUAUUUUCCAACGGCAAUCAUUCAGGGUACGAACAACAGGUGCUAGUCCUUCGAACCACGCGCCUUUUUCGUUUGAUCCGGACGUUUCGAAUGAUAAAGCAGAUCAGAUCUGUGUGGAGAUUGGUAUAUGGUCUCAUUACAUGUGGCGAGACCAUAACAUCUACAUUUAUUUUGCUUUUCAUCGUUUUGUAUGUGUUUGGCGUUAUGGGCCUUGAGCUGAUAACCAAAGAUGGCGAGCUGCGGAAAGAUCCAGAGAUAGACGCACUUAUCGUCAACAACUUCAGUUCACUCCCCUUGGCCAUGAUGACAUUGGUUCGAUUUGUCACGAUGGAUUCUAUAUCUGUAAUCUAUGCGCCUUUGAUACAGGCAAAGGCAUUAGUACUGGGCUUGUACUUUGGCCUGCUGAUUUGCGUUGUCUCCAUUUCCCUUAUGAACCUUGUUACGGCAGUGAUGGUUGAAGGGGCUCUCGAGCAUGCUCGCCAAGAGAAAGAGGAAGAUGCAAAAUUGGCAAAAGCCAAAGCCAAACAAAUGGUUCCGGAGAUUAUCCACCUGUUCGACCAGAUUGAUAUUGAUGGAAGCGGAGAAGUUGACUUAAAGGAGAUGGCCAAGUUUGGGGAGGAUGGACUGGUUCCGGAUCGCUUGUUUGAGAAGGUUGCGGUCCGGGCCCCUCAGGCUCCUCAGAAGAAUGUUUCCUUGCGAGGACCCGGGCGAGAAGUCACCUUGAAAGAGUUUUGGCCUGCAGCUAAGGUUUCCGAUCCUGAGGAAUUGCCCCUAGCGAAGUCUCCCACUGACUCCCAAAAACCAGCCGGUGUCUCGCCAGCUGCAACUGAGGGUGUCCGUAGCAGUGCUCGUGACCGCAGUCAACGCAGCAGGUCACCAAAGCGAUCUGAUGAGGUCGCUCCUACUAUCCCUGAUACUCAGGAAGACGAGAGCAAAGAAGAUGAAAACAUUGAAAAAAACGAGGAGAGUAGACCUCCCAAAAAACAGCGUUUGGUUGAACCCAGUGACCCUCAAGAGGCCCUCAGCAGUUUUGGGUGGCAGCAGUGGGACCAGCACGGAAAUGGUGACUGCUUUUUUCGACAUGCAAGCGUUUUUGUGAACAAGGCCAACACUCAACCUGCUGUCCAGGAUAGUCAGCAUCACGCGGCAUGGAUCAGAGCGCAGACUUGUCAGCAUAUCAAAAAACAUUCACGUAGGUAUGCGGAGCUUUUUGCAGGAAAGUCUGCUUUUGAUGCUUGGCUCAAUAACGCAGCCAAGCCCACCAGUUGGGCUGAUGGCCGCACCAUCCAGGCGGCCAGUGAGAAACUUGGUUGCCCAGUGGUGAUUUGGAAUAAGGAUGGGAACACGUACACUCGAUACGUGAUUGCACCCAAGUUCAGCCGAGGUUUUGCCUGUGGUAGUACCGGUUGCAACCCCAUUUGCCUUCUUCUCACUUCCAAACAUUACACUGCCCUGGUGCCUCCCCCUACCGGUUCCGUCCCUCACAGUUGGCUUCGCGAAACUCCGGAUGUUGUGAUUGAUCUCUCUGGCGGAGUUGGUGGUGUUGCUUCGGGUUCCUCUGGGCUUGCGUCUGAUGGGCCUUCUCCCCCGUCUGUGCGUGCGGGCGGCUCUCCUUCCCAGAGGACUUCCUCCUCUGCCGGCACCCCCUCUGUGCACUCCCUCGCCUCUCCUGCUCCUUCCGUGGUUCAGGGUUCGGCGGGGCGGGUUGGUGGUCUGCUUGGCUUCUGUGCGGCUUCGUCCUCGCGUUCCCCCUCCGUGCACUCCUUGGUCAGGUCUGCUGCGUCUGUCCGCCCUGGCGUUUCCGGUGCUGUCCCCUGUGUUGCUCUGCCCCCGGUCACGCCCGUGCCCGCUCGGAGUUCUUGCCCUUCGGUCCCUACCCCGUCCGUCCGAUCGGUCGCUCCGGUUCGCCGUUUGCGGUCUAAGACCUUCUGUGCGGACGCUUCUGAGUCGCGCUCGUGUCCUUCGUCGGGUCAUCGCAGUGUGAGCGCCGCCGGUCCUGUGUCUGGUCCUGUCACCCCGUCCGUCCACUCGGUCGUCGAUCCUGCCUGCCGUCGCCCUGCGCGUGUUUUGUGCGAAGUGCUCAAUUCUGAGAAGUGGCCAGGUCUCCAUCAGGUGAAUCGCCCUGUCAAGCGCAAGGGCGCCCGUCACGCCUGCGCCUUUGUUUCAAGGACUGCCGGUUUUUCCAGCGGGGAACAGGGACGGGACUGUUUGGUGGAGCUGCACGGCUGGCAGCUCAGUGGAACGCCAGCAGGGGCCGUUGCCGAUGGCGGUCGUGGGGGCACCGCAAUUUUGGUCAAAGAGCCUUUGGCCCUAGCGGAUAUCCAUUCCACCACUGAAACUUGGGGUCAACUUCAGGUUGCCGAGAUCCUUGGACACAAAGUCCCCAUUACUGCUAUUAACGGGUAUAGACGGCCCCAGCAGGCGCUUGAUGCCCCCAAUGAAGCGCUUAUGGAAAGUUUUUGUCGGAAUCAGCACAAGCAUUGGGUUUUUGCUUGCGAUUGGAACUUGGACCCUGCCAGUGAUCCUUUAGCAUCUGUGAUGACGUCCUUUUGUGGUCAGCUGGGUAGCUCUUCCGGUCACAAACGCAGUACUCAUCCCACGGACUCUGUUUGGUUUUCUCAGUCUCUCAGUUGUGAGAAGCAAUCGCCCAUGGAUGCUCUCUCCGACCAUUUUGGCUCCUUUGUUGAGUUAGGCCAGAUUCCCUGCUUAGAUCCGUCCCCUCCUGCAUGGAUUUUCAAGUCGGUGGCUCGUUUCCAGGACAAUUGUGAUCUCCCUUCCGCUGAUGACGCUGCUCAGGCUUGGAACCAAGUCAGCACACCGUCUGAGGUGUGGGAAGCGUUGGUUCAACAGGAUAUAAAUGAUGCCUGGUCUACCUGGUCCUCUGAUGCGGAAGCUUUUCUGAAAAGAAUCGGUGCAGUCAGCCAUGAAAGCAGUGCUGCGCAAAGAGGGUCCUUGCCCACUCUGGUUAGCGGCCCCUCCCGACAUGGCCCUGGUCAAAGCAUCACGGAGAGGCGCCUCAGACGUGUGAUCCGCAGAUUGGACGAAGCUCAACGGCACGUUCACAACGGCACCUCGGUCCCUACCAAUUUGCAGAGAACCUGCCAGAGAAAUUGCAACCAAUUUGGGUGCGGAGCUGAUGCGCAAGCCCACAGGUGGGGGGCAUGCCUCAAGGAGCUUACGGAGCAACUCAAACUUCUCCUCAAGCAGUCCAAUCUGCAUGCACUGCAAGGCUGGCGGCAGAAGGUGCAAACUUAUGAAGGAGCCUGUGCUUGGCUCCGAAAGCAAGCUCCGCCCUCUUGGGCCCUCACGAACGAUGUCAAGAACACUUCUGGUAGAAGUCAAGGGGCUGCGUUUUUAUUUGAGUCUUGGAAGAAUAUUUUCUGCGGGCCCGAAGGCUAUGAGCCCAAGGCUGAACCUUUUGUCCAAGCUUAUGCAGCUUGGAUCCCGCACAAUCCGGAGCUGGUUACUCCUGAGCUUACUGCCCAGGGUCUUAAGGAUACCGUCCGCCAGAUGAGACGGAAGGCUGCUGGCCCGGACCAAUGGUCUGCAGAAGCUUUGCUGCUGCUACCCGACAUGGCUUGGGAGCGAUUGACGGAGAUGCUGUUGCAAGUGGAACAGGUAGGAAAGUGGCCUGCCCCGCUGGUGCAGUGGCGGCUGACAUUUCUACCCAAGGUUUCUGCUGACAAAACUGGUGUUACCCAUGUGGCCAAGGUGAGGCCGAUUGCAAUUGGAUCCCUCAUCUACAGGGCCUGGUCCAAGCACAGGUUCGCCCAGAUCAGCCCAGGCCUGGUUGGCUUGCUGCAUCAGCGUCAAGUUGGGGGGUUGCCAGGCAUUGGCGCCGAAAUGAUGUUGGCCGCUCUGCAAAACCAAACUGAUGCCGCCACUCACCCUUACGGCAUGAGUUUGGAUUACAAGAAAGCUUUUGAUUCGGUCGACUAUGUCAUUUGUCUUCGUCUCUUCGAAGCACUCGGCAUCCCGGGUCCCAUCCUCAAAGCGCUCGGGGCGGCUUGGGAUCAGCAGACAAGGACUUGUUUGUGCCCGACUGUUGCUGAUCUUGAUGUGGUCAACAACGUUUGGUCUACCAUGGAGUCCUUUUUGCGGCUCCGCACGAAUGAGGAGAAGAGUCAAAUCUGGGCUCGCUCUCCUGAGGCUUUGGCAAAGUUGGAUAACACCCACUAUAGCUCCAAUGCCAGCUUCACCAUGCAGGUCCUUGGGGCUACGCUUGGUUCAGCGGAACGUGCUCUCUCUGACCGUGAGAGGGACACGUUGCAAGAUGUCGCUCGUCGUUCAAGGCGCAUUGCUUGUUUGCCUGUGAGUGCUCGCCUCAAAGGUCGCCUGGCAGCCACCGUGUUGGGGCCCAAAGCAGUGUGGGGCCAUGUGAUCAACGGUCGCUGCCCGACCCAGAAGGAUAAUGCCUGUUUCUUCCGCCACUUCAAGGCGGCGACAAGUGACAACCGGUUCGUCAAAGGGCGCUCGUCCAUGGACCUCAAGCGUGCUUUCUUCUUUGGUCACACAUGCGACUUGGCCUUUUAUGGGGCCCUCCGCACCAUCAGCUCGGGUUUUGCCUGGGCACGCCACUGUGCCAGUUUGGGUGAGAACUGUCGGUGGAGCCCGUCUACGGUGGUUUGCCUCAAUAGCAUCCUGCAAGACUUGGGCUGGUGUGCUCAUAGCAAUGCAGUCGGCCAGAGCGGGGUUGUCCCAUGCAUCCAUUUUGGGGCUGUGAAAGCUGAAGUUGACAAAUGUCUCCAUCAUAUUCGAGAUCUCUUGGUGCAGAUGGGCAAAAUCCGGGCAGCCGAAGCUGCUCGGCGCUUGGCACCUGUGGGUGCUGGCUGA